UGAGGAUACAUAUGUGCAGAAGGCUUCUCCCAACUGAUCUCCUUAGUUUGAGUGCGUACCCCUCCUGGCCAUUACUACCAGGCGUAUCCGCCGGUAGUAUUUCGAACGACACAUGUGUUUUGCAGUAUUUUGCACUAUCAACCUUCAACAAGCUCAAGGUUAGGAUUAGCAGUAAGUUGCGAGGAAAACAAAGUAAAGUCGAGAAGCCGAACUCAAAGCGGGUAAUAUGUGCGGUAGUAGGAAAUAUACAGAGGCUGGAUUCUAUAGUUAUUUCAGGAGAAGAGUAUUUCUCUUUGGGAUGGCUGCUUUGGUUCAUCCUCUUCCCCUCUCCUGCUGCUAGUGCCGGACGGAUUCUUAGCAUCAUUGAAACUUAUGCUAGGGAGUAUACCAAGCUUGAGGCGUGGCUGAGUUUCCAGGAAGUAAUGAUCUGA